CCACACGACACACAGCACAAGCAAAGCCAGCUGCCAGCUCCCUAUUUAUGCAGCACUGCCCCACUCAUCUCAUUCAUCAGUAACUUAGCGUGGUAGUAGAAGCGAAACAGCAGAGCAGCAUUGCAGCAAGCAACAGGGGAGGCUGCCAUUCUGGUAGACAGCACUACAAUGGCAACGACGACGCCUAAGGCGACGAGAAGGGCGUCGAUACGAGGGCGGGCGUGGCGGCUGCUGCGGCUGGCGGCGCUCCGGGCGCGGAAGGGAAUCGUCGUGCGCGGUCUCGGCCUGCUCAAGACCCUGGGGUGCAGCGGGCGCAGCGACCGGCUGCGCUACGGUGAGCGCGAGUUCUCCAUCGACGAGACUCCGGCGUUCCGGUUCCGCGCCCCCUCCGCGCGCGUGCUCCGCUUCAUCCCCUGCAUCGCCCCCGCCGUCCCGGACACCCCCGACGACUACAGUGGCGACCGCUACUUCUUCUGCGACCCGCUCGAGAGGGUCGCGGGCAGCGUCGGGGACGGCCACGGUGCCGGGCUGAGCGAGUACGGCGUCGAGAACCUCGACGAUUGCGCGGAGGAGCAGCUGCUCCAGCGGGCGGUGAUGGGAGCGAGCUGCGCGGACUUCGGCGCCGUGGAACAAGAGGACGGCGAGGACGCCGGGGUGGACGUCAAGGCGGAGGAGUUCAUCGCCAACUUCUACUCGCAGAUGAGGAUGCAGCGGCAGAUCUCCUCGCUGCAGUACAAUGAGAUGAUGCAUAGGAGCAUCUGCUAGACAAGGCGUGUUUCUUUUUUUUUGACACUUCAAACAUCCUUUAUUCAUCUACAAGCAUAGGAAUUAUAGUCAUCGGGACCAAAUGUAGCCAAGUAUUAGAAGGAGAGAACCAAUUAUCCUCGUGCAGUAAA